AUGAGCCUCAGCGAGGAGCAGGUGCAGGCCUACCUGGAGCAGAACCCUGACUUCUCGGACCAGUACUUUGCACGGAGGCUGAGCCCUGAGCAUCUGAGCAGCACUUGCAAGGACAGGCACCUCAUAGACUGUGCCAGCUUCAGAGAGCUCUGCCAGGUGGAGGAGAGCAGGGCCCUGUUCGAGCUGGUGCAGGACAUGCAGGAGAGUGUGAACAUGGAACGUGUGCUGUUCAAGGUGCUGCGCCACCUCUGCACCAUCCUGCAGGCUGACCGCUGCAGCCUCUUCAUAUAUCGCCAGCGCAACGGUGUGGCCGAGCUGGCCACUCGGCUCUUCAGUGUGCAGCCUCACAGCAUGCUUGAAGACUGCCUCGUACCCCCUGACUCCGAGAUCGUCUUUCCACUGGACAUUGGCCUUGUGGGCCAUGUGGCCCAGACCAAGAAAACAGUGAACAUCAAGGAUGUGACCGAGUGCCCCCACUUCAGCUCCUUCGCAGAUGAGUUGACCAACUACCAGACCAGAAACGUGUUGGCCACGCCCCUCAUGAACGGAAAGGAUGUCAUGGGCGUGGUAAUGGCAGUGAAUAAGCUGGGCGGUUCCUGCUUCACCAGCCAGGAUGAGGACGUUUUCUUGAAGUACCUGAAUUUUGGCACCUUGAACCUGAAGAUCUACCACUUGAGUUAUCUCCAUAACUGUGAGACCCGCAGAGGCCAGGUGCUGCUGUGGUCAGCCAACAAGGUGUUUGAGGAGCUGACAGACAUUGAACGGCAAUUCCACAAGGCUUUCUACACGGUGCGGGCCUAUCUCAACUGUGACCGCUACUCAGUGGGCCUCUUGGACAUGAGCAAGGAGAAGGAAUUCUUCGAUGUGUGGCCUGUGCUGAUGGGAGAGGCACAGCCUUACGCAGGCCCGAGAACACCAGACGGCCGAGAAAUUCUCUUCUACAAAGUCAUCGACUAUAUUCUCCAUGGGAAGGAAGACAUCAAAGUCAUUCCCACACCCUCGGCUGACCACUGGGCUCUGGCCAGUGGCCUUCCAACCUAUGUGGCAGAAAGCGGCUUUAUCUGUAACAUUAUGAAUGCUUCUGCUGAUGAAAUGUUCAAGUUUCAGGAAGGGCCUCUGGAUGCAACUGGGUGGGUCAUCAAGAAUGUCCUGUCUAUGCCCAUCGUCAACAAGAAGGAGGAGAUUGUGGGGGUGGCCACCUUCUAUAAUCGGAAGGAUGGGAAGCCUUUCGAUGAGCAGGACGAAGUGCUCAUGGAGUCCCUCACACAAUUCCUGGGUUGGUCUGUGCUCAACACCGACACCUACGACAGGAUGAACAAGCUGGAGAACUGCAAGAACAUUGCCCAGGAUAUGGUUCUGUACCACGUACGCUGUGACAAGAAUGAGAUCCAGUCCAUCCUGCCAACAAGAGCACGUCUAGGGAAGGAGCCUGCAGACUGUGAGGAAGACGAGUUGGCAGAGAUCCUGAAGGAAGAGCUACCAGGACCAACCAAGUUUGACAUCUAUGAGUUCCAUUUCUCUGACCUGGAGUGCACAGAACUGGAACUGGUCAAAUGCGGCAUCCAGAUGUACUAUGAGCUCGGUGUGGUCCGAAAGUUCCAGAUCCCCCAGGAGGUCCUGGUACGGUUCCUGUUCUCUAUCAGCAAAGGCUACCGGAGAAUCACCUACCACAACUGGCGCCAUGGCUUUAAUGUGGCCCAGACCAUGUUCACGCUGCUCAUGACGGGCAAACUCAAAAGCUACUACACGGACCUGGAGGCCUUCGCCAUGGUCACAGCUGGACUAUGCCAUGAUAUCGACCACCGAGGCACCAACAACCUCUACCAGAUGAAGUCCCAGAACCCUCUUGCCAAGCUGCACGGCUCAUCCAUCUUGGAGAGGCACCACCUGGAGUUUGGGAAGUUUCUACUGGCAGAGGAGAGCCUAAACAUCUACCAGAACCUGAACCGGCACCAGCACGAGCAUGUGAUCCACCUCAUGGAUAUUGCCAUCAUCGCCACAGACUUGGCACUUUACUUCAAGAAGAGAACAAUGUUUCAGAAGAUUGUGGAUGAGUCCAAGAACUACAUGGACAGGAAGAGCUGGGUGGACUACCUCUCCCUAGAGACCACACGGAAGGAGAUAGUCAUGGCCAUGAUGAUGACUGCGUGUGACCUUUCUGCCAUCACCAAGCCCUGGGAAGUUCAGAGCAAGGUGGCUCUGCUGGUAGCAGCUGAGUUCUGGGAACAAGGUGAUCUGGAGCGAACCGUUCUGGAGCAGCAGCCCAUUCCAAUGAUGGACCGGAACAAGGCAGCUGAGCUCCCCAAACUGCAGGUCGGCUUCAUCGACUUCGUGUGCACGUUUGUGUACAAGGAGUUUUCACGUUUCCACGAGGAGAUCCUGCCCAUGUUUGAACGCCUGCAAAAUAACAGACAAGAGUGGAAGGCGCUGGCUGACGAGCACGAGGAGAAAGUGAAGGCCCUAGAGGAGAAACAGGAGAGGGUGGAGGCCAAGAAAGUGGGCACUGAAGUGUGCAACGGAGGCCCUGCUCCCAAGUCCUCUACUUGCUGUGUCCUGUGA